AAAAGAGGGUGUUGCACAGAAGCGGCAAGUGUUGUGACGUACAUGCGGAACUGACCUUCAUCUAGAUUUAAACUCUUAUAUACGUAUACCUGUAGGAUUCCCCAUUGUUAAUUCAUAAAACAUAAGUUCUCGUUAGCAGCCUUGACUAAUAAAAUACAGGUAUUUGGCGUGUUUGUUGUGAGUCUCAUUCACAUAUUGGACACGAAGUCCAACUAAACAAACUAAACAAUGUCCAGGUUAAAAGUUUAUUACAAACUCGGCACAUCGUAAUAAGCAGAAAUUUGACAUGAAACAUUUUUGAAUACUCUAGAAGUGUGUUUCAAAUAAGAAAAAAAAUCUAGAUUGAAAAAACCUUAUGUCCGUGAGGGAUUCGAAUUAACGCGGUCGUUUGAAAAAAAGAAAAUAUUUUUACAUUUGAUAGACGACGACCUAACCACGCAAAAGAUUCUAAUUUCCUAUAGAAAAUUAACGUAAAGAUGAAAUUGAAAAUUAUAUAAAUGAAAAAGUGAAAUUGUUUCGAUUUUUUGAGAUUUGUAAUAAGAGAGAGAGGAAAAAAAUGAAAUAAACAUGACAGUUUUUAAGUGGAAAACUCGAAGUAUAUGUUCAUGCUAAAUUGAUUUUGUUUCACGGAGGCAGUAACCCCCCCCCCCCCCCUGAAAUUCGUGGAUACGUAGAUUACAUACCCUGUAUUUAAACGCUAAAAAUCAUAUAAAUUGCUUGAUUUAAAAUAAAAUUAUUUUGAAUAACAAUUAUUAUCAAUACCCAUCUUUUAAACUUGUGGCUAUAACAUUUCAAUAAUGGGAAAUUUCUACAUGAAAAACGAAAAUGGUAAGCAAGCAAAAAGCCGGUGACCCCCCCCCCCCCCUUAAAUUUUUCUGGAGUAGUACUGAGUGGUAAAAUAAAAGGUUUAACUGAGGAAUUGAACCCAUAAAAUUAAAACGACACCCCCUCCCCCAUUUGAAGUAUGCGUUAAAGAGGUUUGUCUUUUUAUUGGGGGGGGGGCUUUAGGUUUGCACUCCGUCUGUCUGCCAGUCAGUCCAGUAAAUCAGUUUCCGCACUUUUUCGCUGUUCUUGCAGAUAUUCAUUUGAUAUUUGGUACAUUGCUUUUCCAUAACAAGUUACAUAUUAAUUUUGAUAUUUUUCCAACUUUCCUAUCCUGGUUUCAUAAUUUCCCCCUUUACCAUUAUCUACAUAAUGAACUUCGAAUAUUGUUGCGGUCCAAUAAUUUUUGCAACCGGUAGGGGACUAUGUAUCGCUGUGCAAUACUCUCAGAAUAUUUGUUAUAACUGCAUAUCAACCUGCCAUUAUGAUAAUUUUAGGGAAGGUGAGGCAUGCAACCAUAUAUCUGCUACGUUAUAUGCACUCGUAGAUAUUACGGAGAAGAAAGUUGAUGGACUUAAUUCAGCAACGUCAGCAGAGUGUAAAUGGGUUCAACCACGUAAAAGGAAACUGAGUCCCAAAAAAGCAGAAGAUUUGUCUUUUAACAAAUAUGACUUCAAAAAGAACAAAGACUUUGGGCACCACAAAUCUGCAAAAAAAGACACAAGUAGAUCAGGUUCUAAACUACUUGACAUUGAUAAGAUACAAUUUGCUGAAAAAUUGCGUCGAUGCAAUCCAAAUGCGGCAUUUCUGCAAACAAUCCCUAUUCAGGAAGACAUGCAUAGCUCGUCAUUACCCAACCUACAAAAUGUUCCUUUUCAAUAUCGUGAUUCUGUGAAACUAGAUUCCCAUCUCUGUCAGGAAAAAUUUGAGGAGUAUUUUCAACAAAUGUCAAUUUCAGAAAAUGAUGUAAAAACUAUCCAACAGUUAACAAAAGGGCAAAGAAAAAGCAAGCACUGGAUUGAAGCACGAAUUGGUAGGGUAACAAGUUCCAACUUUGGACAAAUUUGCAAAAUGAGGGAAACAACUGGUUCAGAAAAUGUAGUGAAAUCCAUCAUGAAUUACAAUUCUUUCAAAUCAGAUGCCACCCACUGGGGAAAUACUCACGAGGCUGCAGCAAGACGCAUGUAUUUAUAUCGCGCCAAAAAACACCAUCCUUCACUGCAUGUAGAAGAAUGUGGUCUCCUUACUAAUCCAAGUUACCCUUAUCUUGGUACCAGCCCAGAUGGACUUCUCCAUUGUCCACAUUGCAAAGAAUCUUGUGGAACUCUUGAAAUAAAAUGCCCCUACAAAUAUAGAACUCUAUCACCAUCAGAAGCUGCAUCACAGAAAGAUUUCUUCUGUGAAUUGUUGGAUGGUAAAGUAACUCUAAAAAGAAAUCACAAUUAUUACUACCAAAUUCAGGGCCAGUUAGCUAUAUCUGGUAGAAAAUGGUGUGAUUUUGUUGUUUGGACUUUAAUUGACCACUCAGUUGAAAGAAUUUAUUAUCAUGAUCUAUUCUGGAAUGAAGUAGUUAUCAAAUUGGAGAAAUUCUACAAAUAUGCAGUAAUUCCAGAGCUGUUCUCAUCUCGAGUUCGAAGAUCAAAAUGUCUGUUUAAUAAAGACUGACUGAAUGCAAAUUAAAAAGAAGCACAAACAUAUUUUCAAUUUCAUUAUUUUACAUAAUUAUUUGAUCCCCACUUGUUGUUGCAAAUGAAAUAAAUACAACAAAACAAUGUUUGUUU